AUGGCAAAGUACCAACCGGCCAAGCUGGAGGAGGCCGACACUUCUACACAGGUGGAUGGAUCACUUCACCGUCAGCUCAACACAUCCAAGGUGUCAGGCGAGAAAGCGACCCCAGCCUCGAAGGAGGUUAAGGGAGUGGUUUAUCCCAAGCGCCGUCGGUCCAUUCGUCAGAGCGCUAUGACCGUUUCGACUUCCAUGUUUGUACCAGCUGUUUGCGGUUAUCAGUGA